GGAGUUCAGUUUUUGUACUUACUUUGCGAUUGUCGGAUGUGUGUUUUCUCGAGUUUGCGCGAGUUCUGAGAGGUUCUUUUCCACUGAGUUCUAAAUGGACUAUCGUUCUUUGGACGUUUUUGUAAUGCUGAAGUUUUAGAAUAAAAACUUUCUCAUAUCAUUCUGUGAUUCGAUGUUGUGCUAGUGCAGCGCUGGAAAAAUUCUAUUGAAAAGCCGACCUUGACGUCUGGCUGGUCCACCGGGUGCUGAAUUCCUGAAGUCUGUGACGGGUGUGUGUGAUUCUUGAAGUGUGACAGGCGCAGGACCGAAAGAUUUCUGUGCUCUUAAUGUUGAUGCAACGUAUGUAAUACAGUGACCGGAAACGAAGUGGAGUAUUUUUAUUAUCAAUUUUAUUCGUGCUACAGUUUUAUGUGACGGUUGUGUGUAAAAGGAAAAGAGUAAUAACUUGAAAUCACAUUCAAUUGUCGAAGAUUGCUCAGUGUUACUAUUUUACAUUUCUGCUGUUUAGAAUACUGACACAGCCGAACGUGCCCAUUAAUACUAAAUAGGAAGCGACAGUCACCCCAGCUUCACAGCCUCAGCAUCGAUAUACCACGGUCAAAACUAUAGGGAAGCGAAACCAGUCUGAUAAUAAUGUGCCUCUUCUGAUAUAUGACGGUGUGCGAGAGAGCAAAAGAGUGAAUUUUAAUCAUAAAUCUGCUUCGAAGGAUAUCCACUAGCGUUAGCGGUUUUGACUGGACUGGAGAAUUAUUCAGAUUGUGGCUCACCACAUACAUGCAUAUGUGAGCGGUUUGUUUUGUGGAUAAUGAUUGAUCUUUUGUAACCUAACAUUCGGACUAGUGGCAAAGUUAUCUGUGACAGCUGAUAAGAACAAAAGUGCUGCCUGUCACGCCUUCCUGGGGCACUCUACAUAACAGCAGCAAAAAUCUUGGAAAAGAACCCUCACGCGUCACCGAUAAGCCUCCAAGGCGUUUGACAGCGCCCACCUUGCGUUCGAUUCGGAGAAAGUUAACCACUCGUCGGGGGAAAAUCCAGCACAUAACAAUGACUUCAUUUGUUAGAGGCGUCAAUCACUGGCAAGGCAGAAGUAACUAAGAAAUCGUUACUGAUAAGGUCGUGGUUGAGCAAAUUUGUUGUCCCCGAUCGAGUGCGUGAGUGUUCGGUGUGGCCUAUCAGGGUACAAAUAGUGUUUAAAGGCAAUUGAAAAAAAAACAAAGAUAAGAGAAUUCUCCGCUUUGUUCACGUUGCUUGAAGCUUGUCAAGCACUCGAGUCUACUAGUUCCCUUCCCGAUUUGGAGGUCAGACGCCUACAAAAGCAGCAAUAAUGUCGACCGUUCUGCUCGAGGCACGCCCUUACCGGCCGUUCAAAUCUAGUGAAGAGUACCUCUACGCCAUGCGCGAAGAUUUGGCGGAAUGGAUGAACACGAUGUACCCGGAGCUGCGUAUGAACGUAGACAACUUUAUGGAUCGAUUGGACACUGGCGUCGCACUUUGCAAGCAUGCAAACAACGUCCGACAGGCCGCGGAGGAAUACCUAGCGCGGAGACAAGCCCGUAAUAAAUCUAUGACGAAAUCGAUGACAUCCGGCUUGGCGGGCCCCAUACUGAGCAUGGGCAAUGUCCACUUUUUGCCGGCGGCCAAAAGUGGAACAUUUUUCGCACGAGAUAAUGUCUCAAACUUCAUCGCAUGGUGCCGAAAAAGUCUUCAAAUAUUCGAAUGCUUACUUUUUGAAACUGAUGAUUUAAUAAUGCGAAAGAACGAAAAACAUGUGAUCCUAUGUUUACUAGAGGUGGCCCGAAGAGGUGCUAAAUUCGGUAUGCUUGCUCCAAUGUUAGUCCAAAUGGAAAGGCAAAUCGACAGAGAAAUUGCCGCCGACAAUAAAGCAAAUGGUAUCGUUUGUGGUACUCAAACCGAAGGAAAUUCGCACUCCAUAUCAACCGGAACAGAGGAAGAUCUGUUCGACUCUGACAGUGAGGACGAAGACGAUCCCAACGGCCCUAUGCUGAUGUACGGGCCACAGCCGCAGAUUGUUACCAACGAUCUGAAAAGCUUGGACGAAAUGGUUCGAGAUCUGGUGGAAAAGUGCACCUGCCCGUCGCAGUUCCCCAUGGUACGAGUGUCAGAGGGAAAAUAUCGUAUCGGAGAUACCAAAGUGCUUAUUUUUGUUCGGAUUCUACGGUCGCACGUGAUGGUUCGGGUUGGCGGUGGUUGGGACACGCUUUCACACUAUUUGGAUAAGCAUGACCCGUGCCGGUGUAAGGCGCAGCAUCGCUCUUCGGUGGCCGCUAGACUAAUUACUAAAACGAACCAUUUGAACAACGGCAUUGAGCUGCACAAGGCACAGGUGGUUUAUGAGAGAUCACCAACGCCGUCUUGGAAGUCAAACACUCAUAGCGCACAGACUGGAUCGCCCAAUAUGGAUAGCCUAGGCAGCACGUUGUCGCCACCUUCCCGCGCACGCAGUCGCAGCCGCAGUCCAAGUGCUCAGCGUAAAAUUAACCAGAACAAUGAAUCGACGGCGGCGGCAACCACACACGAGAAGGGCUACCUCGCUUCACCAAAUUUGACUCGCCGUUCGAUGUCGCCUAGUCCUCGUCGUUUAGAUAUGAAGAAAAAGCAAAACUCGCUGGAUUCGAGUUCAACGGUAGCAGCACAGGCACAAGCAACUACUGUUAAUAAUAGCGGAAGCAAUCAACUGCACCAGGCAACGGUCCACUUUGAGUGCGAUCGUGAUGGAUCUAUCAUAACUGAUAGCAGCAAGACUGAGUCCUCCGGGGAGGACAAAACCAGCAAAUACGAAAACAUCAGUGACAAUGGGAGCGAAAUCAGCGAUGAAGGCUAUCGCAGUUUGGGAAUAAUACAGGCCAACGGAACAGCGACAAAUCAAGCACAGAAGCGAGCGUCCCUGUACAGUCAAGCCUCAAACGAAGAUGCUGAAAUUAGCGUGCAUCUCGAGCAAACAACCUCAGACUCGCAGGUUACACCAACCGAUGAAAACAGUUCCAAGGCAAAUGAUGAGGAUUUAACUACAAUCUCGGAUGAAGUGACAGCCAAAUCCGACGAGGUUGACAGGGUUUCAGAGCUUCCGGACACCGUAGAUUCCGCAGGCACCCCAGAGUCCAAUUUCGCAAAAUCCGGCGUGUUCAUUACCGAUGAUGAGAUCACGAUUGAUAUCGCUAGUAGCACUGGUUUAAGAAAGACUGGAUUUUCAGAAAAUUUGUACGAUUCAAAUGGCCCUGUAACGCCUAAGCCAACGACUACGGCUUCUAAAAUUCCCAAGUCACCCUUGCCAUCGAGGCGCAAGAGCGCCGAAGGUUCGUCAACGGCCGCCAGUGACAAAGCGUCGACUUUGAGUAGGAAAAUCCCUACUUAUAGAUCUGUUCGUAAAGUAAAUCCAUCGCAGGAUCAAAAAGACAAUACUUGGAGUGGCAGGACCACCAAGCAACGAACACCUCUCGCAGCAGAUACGUUUGAUACCAAAGUAAGCUCUCCACAAGUUCCACUAUCCCGUAAUUCCCCAGUGAGGACAUCCCAGUACGACAAGAAUGGCAGAAAGAUUAAGCCUGUUAGCAAUUCUGUCAACACAUCUCCGAACAAAACAGGACCAACGUCGUCUUUGGCACAACAGCUAAUGGAAGCUGCAGCCGGAGCCCAAAAUGAUACGCAAAUCAUUGAGAAGGUGAAGCAACUGCUCUCUAAAUAUUCCUCGAAUCAACCGCAGCCCAUGACACCGGGUGGAACCGAGUAUGACGACUUUACUACCGCUUGGGUGAACAAUAACGGAGUAGUCGACCGGACCAUUAGCAAUUCGCCGAAAACGCAAUCCAAGCGAAGCUCAACUGUGUCCACCACGUCCGAAGGGGCGAACUGCAAGGAAAUUCCCUCGGUCAUGUCACCGCGACGGGACAAGGGUGCCUCGAAGAUUCCAGCACCGGUUCGGUCCAACACCGGACUGUACUGACACCGACGCAACCAGUCAUUGAAUAGUUUUGGUGCUAAGCAAUGAUUGCCGAUGAUGCGAUUCUUACACUACUCUAAGAAUCCAAAGGAAGGCACGAUUGAAUCUAUGUUCAACGAUAUAGUGUAUCCCUUAUUAGUUGGCAUCAUCCGCGCUUAGUGUCAUCAAUUUCAUCGCAAUAUCCAUAUCAUUUAACUGUGUGUUAUUUGGAAGAGCUGUUAAUAAAGAAGUUCCAUUUUUACUCGCCAAAAGUCGAUUCUGUCAGUGCUAUGCUUUUCAAAAUCACAAUAGAGGUUCCACUAUGAGAUCGCGUGCUCCUACGAAACUACUAAGAAAUCCAAGAAAAGCAUUCCCAAGAACUAGACUAUAAAAUUCAGUACUAUCACAAAAGCGGUGCUUUUCAAACUGUUUGUUUAGAGAAAUUUAUUCAGUUAUGAAUACCAAUUCUGUUGGCAUUGAAUAAAAAACGUUGAUUUUUGAAGCAAAAUAGAAAGACAUGUGUAAGGCACUACAUUUAUUAUGAAUAGACUGUAAAGUUCUAAUAAGUUUCUCUAAUAUUGCUAUUGAAGCAAAACAAUACUAACUUUUCUAAACUUUACUCGCUAACAUAUGUCCUCUAUAUGUAGUUAGAAUAACAAGCAAUAGAGUGCGAAUCUGACGGGAGAGAUGCAACAAAGAGCAAACAAAGACAUGCAACUGGAUUCGUCCGCAAUCAAGGAAGAAAGUCAUCAAUAGUGCAAUCUAAACGCAUAAUAACAAAACGCCAUAUA